ACACACACACACACAUUUCCCUAGGGCUUCUUUCCCUAACUCCCAUUUUCUCCAUUUCAAAAUCUUUUAACUUUUUAUACUGUAUUAUUUUUUUUUAUCUUCCCUAGCAGAUCAGCAUUCAAUUAUUAUUUCAUGAUUUGGUGCAUGUAUCAUUUGACUUAAAGAAUUUUGGACGAUAUGAUUGAAUCGGGGUUCUUAUUUGUAACUCAUGAUAGAAGGCUGAAGGGUUUUUAAGCAUUUUGUAAGUGUUUAAGUUAAUCUAUUUAUAUGUAAGUUCUGGCCAUAGGAAAGGACUGGUAAUCGAUCCCAAGUUGUUAGAUGGGUUCACAUCAUGGCACUUGUGAGAUCGUCGAAUUGGACGACGAGCCUAAGUUAAGUGAUAGUUUUAAGAAAAUUCACCAAGCAAAGGUGAAUGAUAAAGGCAAAAAACCUCAAGGGGGUAAAACUAUAGAAGAUGAUAUCAAUAAGCUGUUUGAGGGAAUAAAUGUAAGAACUUCGUUCCAUGGUUUCACUCACCCUGAUGAAAUGGGUGGUGUUACGCCAAGAAGAAAUCCAUCAAAGAAACCAAUGAGGAUGAGUACGUCAUCUACCUCUGGGAUUGGAUACCCUGAGCCUGUAUCUCUGAAGCAGGCUUUACGGGGACUUUGCAUUUCUCAAGCAUCAGAAAUGGCUGCCAUGAAAAGGUUAUCAAAGGUUCCCGGUUCUCCUGCUCUCUCCGACUCUGGGAGGCUACCAAAUGUGUACAAACCUAUUAAAGCAAGUGAAUGUAGUACUUCUGUACCUGAAGUUAAAGAGCUUAAAGUUGGUUCUGAAGAAAGCACAUCGAUGUCUUCAAGAAAGACACCUCAGUACCCGCAAGAGCCCAAGCUGAAGUCAUAUAACAGUAGUCCAAUGUCAACGAAGAAAGUGGGAAUUGCAGUUCGGCUGAAUCAGAUUUUACAAGAACCAGAAACCGGGGAUGAUCUAUCAACGAUUGAGCCUGUACAAGAGAAAAAGGUUGUUUCUUCUAGUUCUAGAUCUAGUAAUAUUGCUGCUGCUGAGUCUUCAAAUUCAGUUACAAAUUGUUCCGAAGAUAUGCCAAUUAAGUCGGUGAAUAAAGCAACCAUGAAGUUGAGGCGAAAAGGGAAGCUGCAAAAUGUCCCAUCAUGUACUUCUACCAGCAAUAGUAAGUUAGUUAAGUCAACACGAGUCAAGACGGUAAUCAGGAACAAAAACAUCGUGAAAAAGAAGUCUAAGCAGGAGUCACCUUCAACUAGUAUGGAAAAUAUUACGUCAGUUACAAACACAAGUCAGCCAGUAUGUCAAAGAUGUCAUUGUGCUUUAAAGGAUGAACAAAAGGAACCGAGUUCACCUCCCUGUACAAGUACCAGGAGCGAGGUUCAUUAUCUCAAGAGGAAUAAUGGUGUGGUAAAACAUGACUCUACCCUUACAAGCUGUGGUACAAAUGCGUCUAUUGUAUACAGUAACACGAUAUCAAAAAGUGGAGAUAAAUCGGAGUUCACGCAAAGUUCAAACAGCAGUAUUGGUGAAUAUAGUAGUAGCACGAGUAUUAGUGAAGAUAGCAAUAUGAGCAGGUGUAGCAUUGGGAAUAGGCCUCAUAUGUCAAUGGACAUGAGAUGGCAGGCAAUUCAAGAUAUGAUGAAACAGAACGGGUUUAUGGGACUGAGACAUUUUAAUCUCUUGAAGAAGUUGGGUUGUGGUGACAUCGGUACAGUGUAUCUAGCUGAAUUAGUGGGUACAAACUGUCUGUUUGCCAUAAAAGUGAUGGACAAUGAGUUCUUGGAGAGAAGGAAAAAGAUGCCUAGAGCACAUACCGAAAGAGAAAUUUUGAGAAUGUUGGAUCAUCCUUUUCUACCAACUCUUUAUGCUCAUUUUGUAUCUGAGAGCCUAUCAUGUCUAGUUAUGGAGUAUUGCCCGGGUGGUGAUUUGCAUGUUCUUAGACAGAAGCAACCUGGCAGAUUUUAUCAUGAACAAGCAGCAAGAUUCUAUGUUGCUGAAGUUCUUCUUGCCUUGGAAUACUUGCAUAUGCUUGGAAUUAUAUACCGAGACUUGAAGCCAGAAAACAUUCUAGUACGGCAAGAUGGUCACAUAAUGCUCACAGACUUUGAUCUAUCUCUUCGUUGUACUGUAAACCCCACUCUCCUGCAAUCGCCUUCAUCAGCUGCAAUGGAGCCUCCAAGGAUGUCAGGCCCGUGUGCUGGUUCCAACUGCAUAGACCCGUUCUGCAUUGAUCCCUCAUGUAAAGUCUCGUGUUUCAGCCCUAGAAUUUUACAUCCACACAGAACAAGAAAAACUAAACCCAACCCUGUAUCACUUCACAGAUCGUUACCACAGCUUGUGGCUGAGCCGACAGAAGCCCGUUCUAACUCAUUCGUGGGGACCCAUGAGUAUCUUGCUCCUGAAAUCAUCAAAGGAGAUGGCCAUGGAAGUGCUGUUGAUUGGUGGACAUUUGGCAUCUUCCUUUACGAGCUUUUGUAUGGGAAAACACCCUUUAAAGGUUCAGGAAAUGAUGAGACGUUGGCCAAUGUGGUUCUACAGAACCUUAUGUUUCCUGACACCCCACUUGUAAGUUUCCAAGCACGAGAUCUUAUCAAAGGGUUAUUAGUAAAGGAGCCUGAAAACCGAUUAGGCUCACAAAGAGGGGCUGCUGAGAUUAAACAACACCCUUUCUUCGACGAUCUAAAUUGGGCUCUGAUACGAUGUGCAAUUCCACCAGAGGUGCCUGAGAAUUAUGAUAUUGGUUUGGAUAAAUCCAUGUCAAUGGAGAAAGCAAAGAGGUACCUGGACUACAACGGGUCUGCAGGAGGGAACUUGGAAUUUGAGCUAUUCUAGCACAAGGGAAUCAUAUUUGUAGGUAUACUAUGAGUUCACUUGUCUUCAUAUU